AGCUGGGUUAAUGACUGACGUCUGACGUCUCACCAGCCAAGGAAAAAUAAAAAAUCCUCUGAAAAUUACUUUUGAUAAAUUUUCUUACUCUCUGUGGCGUUUCCGUGACGAAUCUAAUAAUGCAAUUUAGGCGUAGGAACUAGUGAAGUAUGCAUAGAGUGCUGUAGUGUGCUGAGAAAGUGGUUAAAUUAAGGUGGAAAAAGGUAGUGGAGCAAUGGAGGUGCAAGCGACAGAAGUAGACCUCACGGCACACAGCGAUGGGACGAAGAAAAAACGUCCCAGACGACGGAACAAGUCCAAAGGGAGCGAGGGGGUGCACGAGGGGACGUCCGAGACAACAAUGGACAUCAUUAGGAGCUCUGCGACAAUGGAUGAGCUGAGCCAGAAGCUCGAGGAACGUCUUAACCUUAAAAAGAAUGGAAUCUACAAUCAUCGGGAGACGAUGGGGCUGCCCAGUGAGGCAGAGCCAAAGGAUAAUCACAUGGGGAGACGAGAAUCGGAGAUUGGUGGUGAAUGUAGUGAUAGGCCAGUGGAGAAAAUGCACGAGGAGGCACAUGGAGAGAAUCACUGCAAGAAAAUUGAGGAGAUCACCGUUCCGGACGUCCCAGCUGCGUCCUCGUGCUGUGAUACCGUACCCUUGGCGACUGAACCCACCAGCACCGAUGGGCAGGAGGAUAGCUCACUCCCAACGAUUGAGUAUGAGGAGUACAAGUCUGAGCUACAGAUGCCAGAUAUUAUGCGCCUGAUACAGAAGGAUCUAUCGGAGCCCUACUCCAUCUACACGUACAGGUAUUUCAUCCACAACUGGCCAAAACUCUGCUUCCUCGCUAUGCAUGGGGAUAAGUGCGUGGGGGCGAUUGUCUGCAAGCUCGGUCUCCAUCGGCAGACCAUCAAAAGGGGCUACAUUGCAAUGCUGGCCGUUGACAAGGACUACAGGAAGAUGAAGAUUGGCACGAGGCUCGUUCACAAAGCAAUCAUGGCAAUGCUGAACGACAAGGCGGAUGAGGUCGUCCUGGAGACAGAAAUCACCAAUACGCCAGCUCUUCGUCUCUAUGAGAAUCUUGGCUUUGUCCGGGACAAGCGACUCUUUCACUACUACUUGUCCGGAGUGGAUGCACUGAGGCUCAAGCUGUGGUUCAGAUGAAACUCUUUCGCCGCACAACGAAGUGGGCCUCAAGUCUAGUCCAGAAAGGUUUCCCUUAUUUUAUCCUUCUUCUUAAUUUUGCAUCUCGCUCUUUUCACUUUUCCUUCAUUUCUCUUCUACAAAAGAAAAUUCUUUCAAUCUUUCUCACUUCCCUUCUUUGCAAAAGAAAAAAAUUCUUAAAAGAACAAGAAAAAAAAACUUUCGACGACAGACAGUGCGGACUGAAGGAGUUUAUGCGUGUUGUGUAGAAGAAAGAUAAAACAUUUUUUGUGUAAAUAGAUAAGAGAAAAAAAGGAUCUGAAAGAGCAUUAAAAAAAAUAUUUGAGAAAUAAUUCUUAAUAGGAAAUAUCACAUGCGGAUGGAGAAUUUUUUUUCAAUCAACUGCCAAAGUUUAUUAAAGAAAGAUCCUCGGAAUAUUAAAAAAGAAUUUUGCGUUUUGCGCAAUUUUCUGUUAUUUGUAGUUUUGUUGAAAUUUUUAUUUCUCUUUUUUUAUCAUCAUUGAAAGAAAGAAAAAUCAUCAAAGAAAGAAAACUUUUAGAUAGAAAAAAAAUUGAUUUUUUUUUAGUUAAACUCCAUUAAAUAAUUUUCAUUGUCACGAUUGUCACACACAUUAAAGCUCUAAAAAAGAUAAAUUAAAAAAAUAAUUCGCGAAAAAAAAGAGAAAUUAAAUGAAAAAAAUUAAAGAGAAAAAGGGUAAAAGGGGUGAAUGAAAUCCUUUUUAAAAGCUAGUAAGAAUUUGUACGACAAAGUCUCUGGAGAAAGCCACACAUUAAAUUAUUAUUAUUCAGCAGAGUAAGAAGAAAAAACAAAAAAAAACAUUAAUUGUGCGUAUUGAGAGAAUAUAAAUAUAUAUAUAGUGAGAGAGGGAGGAGUGUAGAAUCCAAUUAAUUUGUGUAUAAUUAAAAAAAUGAUGAAAAAAAAACAUUGUGGUGUAUACUAAUAAGAUAAUUGAUGCAUAUAAAACAACUGAUGUAGGUUUGAGCUUUCAUUUUAUCCUCUUCGAAAUAUAUUUCUUUCUUUUUCUUUCCACAACAAAAUAUUAAAUUCUGUUAAAAGGAGAAUUUUAUUCUAAAAAAACCAACAUUUAGAAAAUAAUACAGCAUAAAUACACAAGAAAAAAAAUAAACAUAAAAAUGGUCUGUAAAUAUCUCUCCUAUAUAAUAUAAACUAUAUGAGAAAAAUAUACAAAAAUACAUCAAAAAGA